CUUAAAGAAAAUGUAAAGCGAACAGUUUGGGGAUGGGGCAAUUUGUGCCUUCUCUUCGAGAGGCCCUUAACUGAUCUAAAGUAGCUCCCGCAACUGAUGUAACGUCCAGCUCCGAAACAAAGCCGAAAAACAGGAUUGGAAAUCCCCACGGUCGAUGGAGCGCGAUAUUUAGUCGAACGUUGGAUUCUUGUCAUAAAAUGUUGCGCUAGUCCAAGAGCUUUAAGAUGCUUACCACCCUUCACAUCGGCGUGCCAAAUUCGAUCCCGUCGAUUGCUAGCGAAAUGAAGGAGCUCAAGCUGACGAGAGCGAUCGCACUUCCUCAGCAUCUGGAAAGCGUCACCGAUAAAUGCAAUAUUGUGUCUGGUCAUACGGGGAGUCCGUUACUAGCUCAAGAAAACCAUUUCGUCAACAGAAGACAACACUACGAUUCAAUCGCAAGCUUAAACAACGCAGGUAUUCAAUUUGCCGAGUCCUCUAGGAUGAGUGCCGCAUUACAGUGCUUCCGCCAAGCUCUUUGCGAUGCGGAAGCGAUAGCUACGGUGCACGUUUUGCCUGCUGCGGAUACUCGACCGACCAGCAACGCCUACCAAAAGUGGAGUGGUGCAAAGGGGCCGACAUUGGGUAUCAAUCGAGAGACUGUGUCCGGUUUCCGAAGACGUGAGUAUGACGAAGGAAUGCGAGUCUUUGCCGCAUAUCUUCGCCUUCCCAUGCCAAAAAGAGACACGGCCGAAACGCAGAGCUCAGAGAUUGCGACUGUACUGUACAAUAUGGGUCAACUUCAGGUAGACCGACUCGACUACGAAACUGGCCAUGGACUGUUUGUCGACGCCCUAGUCAUGACAGAGUACAUGUCGAGAGACCAAGCGCGCCAAAGUGUUGUGCCGAUCCUGCACGGCAUUGGAUACACGCGUUAUAGAAACGGAGAUUUUGAAAAGGCCAUUGAGACCUUUCAAGAAGCGCUGGUAUUUAGCUGGGAGGAUGGAGACAGGCGACACCUGGCAGCGACAUUGAACUGCCUUGGGGUUCUGUACUUCCACCUCCCCGAAGCCAAGCCCAAACGUUCUAUGGAAUUUUUGACAAGGGCCCUCACGCUACAGAGAAACAUACCCGGAGAACUGGUCGCGAUUGCUACUACUCUUAACAAUCUCGGAAGAGUUUACUACAUGGAGAAACGUUACAAGGAGGCUCUCUCUGUCUAUUCAGAAGCGCUGAACAUUCGAAGGAAUUCACUGGGAGCAGAAAAUUUGGAUGUCGCCGCAACUGUGUAUAACACUGGACAAACGUUUCAGCAACUGAAGGAAAUGGAUACUGCAAUCUACUACUACAAAGACUUCCUACGGAUUGCCAUUCCCAAAUUAGGUCGAGAGCAUCGAGACGUCUGCACUAUCUUGAAAUGCAUGGCGCAGAUAUUCCACAAGAAGCGAGAUUUUCCAAGAGCACUAAGCCUGUACCACGAAGUACUCUCAGGAUAUCGCUCUUCGAUGGGGGAACAUGCUGAAGUCGCAUCAAUAAUGAACAAGAUCGGAAAUCUACAUUAUGAAGCCGGAGAUUUUGACUCUGCCAUCGACAUGUACCUACAAGGAUUGUAUAUGGAACGUGAAGUGCUGGCGGAUGCACAUCCAAACAUUGCCGUAACGCUAUCAAACAUUGGACAAAUUUUUAAGCAGCGUGGAGAGUACGAUUCGGCUUUGAGGCUCUACGAAGAAGCGUUUUCGCUCCAAGUCCGAGCCUUCGGAAAAUGCGACCCAAAUGUUGCCCUGACUUUGUCAAAUAUUGGGCUUAUUUACUACCAAAGUGGAAAUUUUGCUGUUGCAUUGGAGAUGUAUCAAGAGGCUUUGGCGAUUCGUCGCAAGCUGUAUACUGAAAGCAAUCUUGACGUGGCGUCCUCCCUUAAUUCCAUAGGGCUUGUUUUCUUCAAGCUUGCUCAAUUUACCAAGGCUCUGACUAGCUUUGGUCAAAGUUUGAACAUUCGGCGAAAUGUUUUGGGUGAUUCUCACCAAGAUGUUGCCAUUAUCCUUUACAACGUCGCAACAGUGUAUAUGGAACUAGGGCAAGAGGAUGAAGCGGUAGAAUUCUAUCGGGAAACGAUACGAGUGGAAAAAACUGCUCUCGGUCCAACCCAUCCUGAUGUCUGCCUAACGCUUCGGUAUGUCGGUCAGAUCUAUCAGCAGCGAGGAGAUCUCCAGGAUGCAUUGAGCUGCUUUCGUGAAAUCCUGCAGAUACAACGGGACAACUUCUUUGAAGAAGAUUUGUGCAUCGCCAGGACGCUCAAUAGUAUUGCCAACCUCGAAUUACAAAGAGGGAAUACCGACGCCGUGGUUGAAACAAUGUCCGACGCUGCACGUAUUUCCAAGCGAGCUGGGGGCAGUGAGUUUGAUUUUCGUUUAUGCGGGUUCCAUUUGUACGGGUUCGCUAAACUGCACCCUCAAGGAGCCGCAGCGGCAUGAUAACUGUUGGCAAUAAUGAAUAAAGAGCGUUUGAGUCGUCUGA